AAACUCUCUUUUUCUGUUCCUCCGCUCCUUCCCCCGAAAACCUCUCCCCUAGUUCUGGCCUUUCCGUCUGGGUUUCCGCCUCCCCCUCUUCUUUCUUCGAUUUAUUCUUCCAAUUUUAUUGCCGUGUGGAUUGAUGCUACGUGGCUGCUCCUAAUUUCGUCGAUCAUUUAUUCAAUUUUUUUGCCUUUUCUUUGUUUUAUUUUGGUGGGUGGGUGAGAGAGAGAGAGAGAGAGAGAGAGAGAGAGAGAGAGAGGACGUGAUGAGGGAGGAGAUAGGGGCAAUGUAGCAGCUUAGUGUUGAAUUUUCUCUGAGAGGAGGAGAGGUCUCAGGGUCGUGGUUGUUGGUCCUGAUUAGGGUUUGGGUUCGGUGGGGAGAGAUGAGUUGCUUUUCUUGCGUUACCUAUCGGCAGAAAGAAGCUAGAAGGAGGCUCGGCGAUGGCAUGGUACCCCGGUCUUUGUCCCGCCUUGUUGAUUCGUUAGAUUUGGAGAAGAAGGCACCUUCACCAGCUGGAGACAAGAGCUGCAACGCCCGUAGCUACACCUUGCGAGAGCUCGCGGCUGCCACGAGGAACUUCAAGUUGUCUAAUUUGCUUGGGGAAGGGGGUUUUGGGAGGGUCUUUAAGGGGUUCUUGGAAUCGGGCCAGGUUGUCGCAAUCAAGCAGCUCAACCACAAUGGGUUGCAGGGGAGUAACGAAUUCCUGGUCGAGGUUCUAAUGCUGAUAAUGUUGCACCAUCCGAAUCUUGUUAGCUUGUAUGGAUAUUGUGCCGAGGGAUCUGAGAGGCUCUUGGUUUAUGAAUACAUGCCUCAGGGUAGCUUGGAGGAUCACUUAUUCGAUCUACCACCUAAUAAAGAACCACUUGAUUGGAACACAAGGAUAAAGAUUGCUGUUGGUGCUGCAAAAGGGCUAACCUAUUUGCAUGAUGUGGUCAACCCGCCUGUUAUCUAUCGUGACUUAAAAUCUGCUAAUAUAUUGUUAGAUAAUGACUUCAACCCUAAACUCUCUGAUUUUGGACUCGCGAAACUUGGACCUGUUGGUGACAGAACUCAUGUUUCUACAAGGGUGAUGGGAACUUAUGGCUAUUGUGCUCCUGAUUAUGCUAUGAGCGGAAAGCUGACUGUGAAAAGUGAUGUAUAUAGCUUUGGUGUGGUUGUAUUGGAGCUGAUCACUGGUCGAAGGGUACAUGACUUCUCCAAGAAGCUAGGGGAACAGAAUUUAAUUUCAUGGGCACGUCCUUUGCUCAAUGAUAGGAGGAGGUUUAUUCAGUUGGCUGAUCCAUUAUUGUGUGGGCAGUACCCAAUCCGUGCCUUUUACCAGCUUGCUGUUGUCACCUCAAUGUGUCUUCAUGAGAAGCCACAUCUUCGCCCCACCAUGCAUGAUGCGGCUGUUGCCCUCGAUCAUGUGGCAUCUCAGCCCUAUGUCUCAGAGAAUGACCAAAAGGACAGCUCCCCUCCUCCAGCAUCACCCCCACGGAAGGCUGCCAGUGCUCCUGUUACAACAAUCGGCGAUGGUUUAAAGGGUUAAUCAUUUGCUUACUAAUAGUAUACUGGUUUAUCCUAACUGGAGAUGGAGUUUGGCAAGUAUAAUGCGAGCAGAUCUUUAUGUCAUUUGACUUCACUACCAGAGGAUCCAGUAAACAAAUGUGAAGAUCAGAUGUAAUGUCACAUUGACGUAUACAUUGGAAGCAAGUAAACGUGUGCGGCUCUUCAUGCAUGCAUUGGUUUUUGAUACAUUAGACUGCUGUUGUUAUUGUAGCCAUCAAAUUUGAUUCCACUGUAAUUGCCAACUACUGCAACAUUGAUGGUCCAAUGUGUGUAAAGCUUUCUAUUUUAAUGCUAUGGGAAUAUAUGUUUUUCUGUUGUUGACCA